AUGCGUUACUCCGUCGUCUUCGCUACUCUCUCCGCUCUCGCCCUCCAGGGUGUUGUUGCUCAGAGCAACCCUGCCACUCAGUAUCUGACCGAGACCAACUCCAACGGUGUUGUGACUGGCCAGCCUGAUGUUGUCACCUCCCAAGCUGCCGCCGUUACCUCCCAGGAGCCCGCUGCCAGCAUCCCCGCCGGUCUGACCUCUGAGCCCUCUGGUGCCUCUGGUUACCCCGGUCAGACUGGCAGUGCCACUUCUACUGGCACCGCUACUGCCACCGGCUCCUCUGCUCACGGCUCGUCCACCGCAUCUGGCUCUGCCUCCAGCUCUGCCAGCGGCAGCAAGAGCCUGACCACCAGCACUCGCACCAAGUCCACCACCUCCACUGGCACCUCCACCGGUACCUCCACCGACUCGACUGAUUCCUCCUCCUCUGGAACUGCCACUGGCACUUCCACUGGCUCUUCCUCCAGCUCCACCGGUGCCGCUGCUACUGCUGGCCCCGCUGGCCUCGGUCUCGUCGCCGGUGCUGCCCUGGCUGCUUUCGUUCUGUAA